ACCCCUGCUAGGCGCACCUGGGUAAUCACAGGCAGUAGAGGUGGAGACGAGUGAGAGAGAGGUAGUGUCGGUGUUCGCUCUCUGUCCAUUGGAUUAGUCUAUCUUGAAAUCUACCACAAAAAUGUCCAAAUUUGGAGUUGCUGUUCUGCUGGCCUUGGUGGGCGUCGCCCUGGCCGGAGACAUGAUGCGGAAGUCGAUCGUGUUCGACAAGGCGACGCCGGACGUGUUCUACUGCCCGCUCGACAAACCGACCUCCUUCGAGAAGAUGUUCGUGAGGUCGCGGCCGCUCGCCAAGCUGUGCGAGUUCAAUGGCAAGGGGCUUCCUGAAGACUACAAGAGCGACUGCUACAACGACGUGGACGAGAGCGAGUACGCCUGCAAGGAGAAGAAGAGGAUCCUGAUGCGAAAGGAUACCGAGGAGGCAGAGGAGCAGGAGCUGGCACAGGGGGCAGAUCACGAGCCUAACAGAGUCUAAGGCACACACUUUCCCAGGCCCACUAACACCCAGGAUACCCCCCUUGGCACCGAGCACAGAUGCGCCUCUACCCUCCCGGCAGCGAGAAUGCCAAGAAGUAAGAAGAGCCAGAAAAAGAAGAAGAAAAAAUGAAGCCACGAUCUUCAUUAACUGUUCUACGGCUGUGAUAUAUAUGUGUGUGUGUUUAUAUAUAUAUAUAUAUAUAUAUAUAUAUAUAUGUAUAUGUAUGUAUGUAUGUAUGUAUGUAUGUAUGUAUGUGUAUAUGUAUGUAUAUAUAUAUAUUUAUAUAUAUAUAUAUAUAUAUAUAUAUAUAUAUAUAUAUAUAUAUAUGCUGACCCACACACUGAUCUGCGGACCAAAGGAAGAGAGACAGACAGCGCCAGGUCGCCAAGGAGGAGAGAGAGGAUGAUAUUAAUGUGUAACAGAAUCUUUGAAAAGGGUAAUAGACGCCAGUGCCCUUGUACAUGUCACGUUCCAAUAAAGAUGUACUUACCCGCUCAGUUGUGCCAAAACACAGAGGAACGAUAAUUGUUUUUCAUAUAUACAUAAAUUCAUCUCAGCAAAUUAGAUAUUGUUUUUGGGUGCUCUAAUGGGCUCUUGUUUAGAGGUUUAAAAUUGGAAUAUUUUAUCUAGAUUUGCUAACGUUAAAAAACAUUAAUAUUAUCAAUAUUAGCGUUAUUUUUAUUAUUAAAAUUGACACUGUAUCGUAUUGUCAGCGUUUAACCAGCUAACAUGUUGAAAAAAUAAACUUUUAGGAACCUAAAGAAGUAGGUCAGUCUUCUGCCAUCUUUAUUUUUCACUUUGCUACCGGGUUAAACGUGCGCGCAUUUGCACCGCUCCAUCGCAGCCGCUUGGAGCCGCGCGACUGCCGAGUGAACAUUACCCUUCCGCUAGAAAAACGGGAGCGUUCAUUGUAACGACUGUUUUUUUAUAUACUUUUUUCGGGGGGCUAAGGCCCUACGGAAAUGUAAAAUGUCAGUAUUUUUCUCUCUCUUUGUUUUACAUUCUGAAAACAAGUUUACUAUAUGUACGAUCUUUAGUAAAAGUCUUUGGUUAAUCCUCCUAACAACAUAACACCUUUAUUUUUCUUAUUAAGCACUGUGAGUAAUAUAUGUAUGGUGUCAACUUGCAAAUCACUUCACCCUUCGACGAAUUAAGCUUCGGUGGCCUGGAAUCUUGGUAGCUGAGCUCUGAAACGAAGCAGGCUGCACUACGUCAAAGAAAUCGUAUUUGAACUAAGCGGAUACUAAUAUCAGAGGCCUUAAAAUACACAUUUGGACGUCAUGAAGCAGACUAAUGUGCUAACAGGUGGAGAGAUAAAAUAUAUAUAUGUUCUAAAUUAGCUUCAAACCAAAAUACCAGAAUGGACGCUCUUGUGUGAAAAUAAAACCAUUACACAAAA